CGCAGCUCGGAGGGCUGUCCCCGGAUGAUUAUUAUUUCUCCACCUCUGCAGGAUUAUUUUGAUCAUCAUCACUAACUGAAGAAGAAUAAGAAGAAGAUGGAUUCUUACGUUUUGAUUUCCGUGUUAUCAGUGAUGUGCUCGUGGAGUCUUUGCACAGUUGUCUCGUCUCCUGUGGGACAGAAGCCCGGGGACUCCCGCAGCGUGUCCCGGGGGAGACAUGUCCGCACCAAGCGCUGCUCCUGCGACACCUUCCUGGACAAGGAAUGCGUGUACUUCUGCCACCUGGACAUCAUCUGGGUCAACACACCUGAGCGUGUGGUCUCUUACGGACUGGGCAACGCUCCCAGGACCAGACGCGCGCUCCCGGACUCCAAGGCAGGCGGGAGCGCGCCUCGCUGCCGGUGCGUGCGUGAGAACGACAGCACUUGCAGCAGCUUCUGUCGCCAGGACAACCAGCAUCUCAGGUCUCAGACGUCGCAGGACACGUUGAUCCCAAAGGAGCACAAGCUGGUAGCUGACAGGAGCAGAAUAAAGAGGUGGAACAAGAGCAACGAGAAACAGGUGUCGGCCGGCGCGCUCAGGGUCGCCUUGAGGACACGCCUCCUGCUGGAGGAGUGGAGGGUGAGGCGGCGCCACAGGGCGAGGGCGAGGGCGUGGGAGGGCGAGAGCACGGCCCCCUAAAGACGACACAUCACCUCCACACCUUGUUACUCAGAGGGGGGGAAAGGCCUUCGUUAACCACGGGCCCUUCUCCUCAGCCGUCGCUAAGCAGCGGCCCCUCGGCACGGCGCCGGGAGCCAGACCUCAGGGCCCCGGGGUCAGAGGUCGUCUGCGGCAGAGCAGAGGGCGCUCGACACACUCUUCCUCCUCCCACAGAUGGGCGAGGUGGGAGACAACCCGGGGAGAGGACGGACGCCAGCUGGACUCAGUCUGUGGCGUCCAGGA